ACCGCGGCCGACGGCGGAACCAGUCGCCUUAAGAACUUGACCCGCGCGCACAUGCAUUAACGCUAGCAUUAUAUUAACUUACAUGUUAUAUAUAUUAAUUACGUAAUACAGUCCUUUUGUGAAACAAGGUAUUUUAAUUCAAGACCACCAGAAGCCACAACUGGAGCUUGAUAUUCAACAAAUGGUCCUUCGCCUCUUCAACUGAUCAUCAAAGCAAGUGGAUGGUUUAACCGGCCCUUCAAAUUUAUUAAGGUCAACGUUUGACGUCCAUUUCGAGAGUCCAGCCACGAUCUACAUCUACUUACAUUGCUACGUUGGUCGUGUUGCGCACCUCUCCGAGAACAUUCGACUGCCACGCCGCCCGAAUACAUGGCACAUACAAAGGACAGACAUCCGGAGAGGCUUUGGUUCUGAGUGAGUUUGUUCCGAUAAGGAAUUCUUUCUUUCCUAAUCUUAUCCCUUUCCUAGGAAUUAGGAUUGUGCUAUUACGGAUUCGACAUAGGUUGAUCUCUCCAUAAAAUAGCUUAGAUUCCUUCUAAUCGCCUUUUAAUAAAUAUCAUUAGUGCAUAUAUUUCAUUAGUGCAUUAUUAAAUUAUUAUUUUAAAACUAUGCCUUAAUUGCAUAUACAUAUCUUGUAUUCUGCACUUACAUAAAUUAGUUAGUACACAUAAUAAGUACAUAUAAAAUAAUCUUUACUCAGGAAAUAAACCUAUUACCUAUUCUAAUUUUUGAUUGCUACGUAACAACGUUAAAUACUUAAUUAUAAAUAUAGCCUUUUCAUAAACUGCAUUCCAUUAGUCUGAUACAUACUUUAAGUUAUAGCAAUAGGUACGGCCGCUAGCUAGUUUCGCUUGUCCAUACAAUUGCCUACGAAAACCAGUUUUGUGCAUGAAUCGCUGUAUUACGUCGGCUUGACAAAAUCGUUUUUUCUAUCACUUAGAACAUUCCUUUGCUUACGUAACUUAUUUACGAUAUUAAGUCUGUUUCAAUCUUAAUUUAUUUUUGUUUAUUAUCUUAAUUGCUUAUCAUUAUGUCUGAAUUAAAAUUAAAAGAACUUAUAAAAAAACGUGGAAGUUUUAAAGCCAAGCUAACACAAUUCACUAAUUUCUUUAAACUAUUACCUACAGACGAAUUAGAUAGUUUUCAAGUAGCUGAAUUAGAAUGCCGUCUAGGCGUAAUGAAAUCUUUAUACAAAGACUUCGAUGACUUGCAGACGCAGUUGGAGCUGUUGUCGGAGAAUGCAGACGAUAUGUACCAGGAGCGCGAGGCCUUCGAGACUCAGUACUUCACGCAAAUGUCGCGCGCGCGUUCCCUGCUCCCUCCAGACGUGUCGCGUGCCAGCUCUCCGGCACCGAACCCUGGUGCCAGCUCAACGCACCACGACACGCUCCACGCUUCUGGCUGCAAACAUGACUUCGUACGCCUGCCAAAGAUUGACCUACCCCACUUCAACGGCGACUAUCAGCACUGGCUUGAAUUUCGAGAUACGUACAUUUCAAUAAUUCACGAUAAUAACAGCAUACAAUCAAUCAAUAAAUUCCAUUAUUUGCGUGCUGCUUUAACUGGCAGUGCAUCAUUAUUAAUAAAAAGUAUUGACUUUAAGGCCGACAACUAUACUAUAGCAUGGCAGUUAUUGUUAGACCGCUACCAUAAUGAAAGGUUGCUUGUCAAUAAUCACGUGCAAGCAUUAUUUAAUUUUCCUGCUAUACAAAAAGAAUCCUGUCAUUCAUUACGAAAUAUGAUAGAUAAUAUAAAUAAAAAUUUAAGAGCGCUUGACACUCUCGGACAGCCUACAGCACAUUGGGACACAUUAAUCAUCUAUAUAAUGUCUAAAAAAUUGGAUAAUGUGACCAACCGAGAGUGGGAAGAACAUAAAAACAAUUUAAAUCAUUUUCCAAACUUAAAACACUACACUAAAUAUUUAUCUAAUAGAGCUGAUUUACUCGAGACCUUACAUGAUAAUAAAACUUUAAAUAAUAAUUAUAUAAAUACAAACUUACGAAAGUAACAAAAGCACAAACUAUCUAACGAACACACAUUUUAAACCAGAAAAAAUCGCAUCAUGUCCUAUGUGCUCUCAAAACCAUCUUUUAUUUAAUUGUCAAUCAUUUAGAAAUCUUAAUGUUGAUUCCAGAAUCAAAAAAACUUCAGAAAGUAAUGUGUGUAUGAACUGCCUUCGUCCUGGUCAUACCGACAAACGUUGUAAACUUUCACAUUGCAAGUAUUGCAAAUCAAAACACAACACACUCUUACACAGGGAAUCUCAAACAGAUCUCAAACCAAAAGACAAUAUUGCAUUAUCUACUAAUAUUAUUACAAAUACAAAAGGAAAAAAUAAUCAGGCUCUUAUAAUAUUAUCCACAGCUAUGGCAAGGGUGACAGAUGUCAACGGUAGGCUUCAUUCCGCCAGACUUCUUCUCGAUAACGGCAGCACUUCCAACUUCAUCACUCAGGAUCUGUGCCGUAAGCUCGGUCUGAACACACGAAGCACUAUCUCUUCAGUCUCAGACGCUUCCGAACGUGCUUAUGGUGCUUGUAUUUACGUAAGGACAAUCGCAGUCGAUGGGACGGUUUGUGUUCGUCUUUUGGCCUCUAAAAACAAGGUUGCUCCCAUUAAAACAACCACUAUUCCACGUUUGGAGUUAUGUGGUGCUUUGUUGAGUACACGUCUCUAUUUGAAGGUAUGCAAUUCACUUACCAACGUCUUCAGUCAUUGUUUCUUUUGGUGCGAUUCCACAAUAGUGUUAGGAUGGCUUUCCACACAACCAAGUAAUCUUAAUCAGUUUGUUCGAAAUAGAGUUAAUGAGAUUCAGGAAUGUACACUUGACCAGACGUGGCGUUAUGUACCUUCUAGAAGCAACCCUGCAGACUUAGCUUCUCGGGGGGUGAAGGCUGAUUGUAUCAGCGCGUCCACUCUUUGGUGGUCAGGUCCUCAAUUCCUCCAUGAGAGAACCAUACAUUUUCCUCCUUCUCCAAAUACACCACAAACAUUACCUGAAACUUCACUUCACACAGUUACACAUUGUAAUAGUAAAAGCAUUAACGUACUUUCAGAUUUAAUUCAUAAAAUGUCUUCAUUUACAAAAUUGAAUAGAGUUUUUGCAUAUAUCUUAAAAUUUAUUUACAAUUGUCGUAGUCCCAAUAAUAAAAAUAAAUCCUAUAUAACGAGUAACGAAUUAAAUUCAGCUUAUAACACAAUUAUAUAUAUUUCUCAGCAGGAAAUAAAUAUAAUAAUAAAAAUAAUCGUCUUAUAAGUCUUAGUCCAUUUAUUGAUUCUAAUAACCUUAUUCGCGUCGGUGGACGCCUUCAAAACUCUAACUAUAGUUACGACGUAAAGCAUCCAGUCUUAUUAUGUAGUAAACAUCAUUUAACUAAAAUAUUAUUUCUUAAAUAUCAUAAAUCACUGUUUCAUGCUGGCCCUCAGCUUCUUCUUGCCAAUGUAAGUCUCACAUACUGGCCUCUUGGAGGUAGAAACCUAGCUAAGCAAACUGUACGUAAUUGUGUUCGUUGCACGCGCUUUAAAGCUCAACCUAUUCAAGUCGUCAUGGGCAACUUACCCAGCGAGAGAACACAACUACAAUUUCCCUUUUUGAAUACAGGUUUAGAUUACGCUGGGCCAGUGCUGAUAGCCGACCGGAAGGGCAGAGGAUGUAAAUUAAUUAAAUCUUAUAUUUGCGUCUUUGUAUGUUUUGCAGUUAGAGCCGUGCAGAGCUAGUCUCAGACCUCACUAAAGAGGCCUUUCUAGCAGCCUUUAAUCGCUUUAUUAGUCGACGUGGUAAGCCUCAGCGGGUAUUCUCCGACAACGGCACUACUUUUGUGGGAGCUUUUAAUGAGCUUUCACGUCUUCUACACGUUUCAUCCAAUACUAUUUCCAAUGACAUUGCAAACGAAGGUAUAGAAUUUAAAUUUAUUCCUGCAUACAGUCCGCAUUUUGGCGGUUUAUGGGAAGCAGCUGUUAAAUCCAUUAAAAAUUUAUUACGUAGAGUCAUGAGCUCAACUCAUCUUACUUAUGAAGAGCUUUCAACCUGUCUCAUUCAAAUAGAGGCAAUUCUUAAUUCUAUACCUUUAACACCUCACUCCACCGAUCCUAGUGACCUAUCCUAUUUAUCUCCCGCUCACUUCUUAAUCGGACGACCGCUCACUACUGUUCCUCGUCCUCAGAUGCCAGACGACGUGAACCUGCAGCGCCUGCCUCGCUACGACCGCAUUGAGAACUUGCGACAGCACUUUAGGCGACGUUACUCAAAUGAAUACGUUUCUGUUUUGCAGCAAAGGGCCAAGUGGCAUACAGGCUAUCAAGACCUAAAACCAGGUACCAUGGUGCUAGUGAGGGACUCCCAUCUUCCUCCUCUUCUGUGGCUCUUGGGCAGAGUCACCAAUGUUCAUCCUGGGUCUGACGGGCGCAGCAGAGUUGCCGACAUUACGACGAGAAAGGGAGUCAUAACACGGGCAUACAACAUGCUUUGCCCUUUGCCCGUGCCUUCAUCGGAGACUUCUUGAAGCCUUACUACUUCAACCCGGGGAAUAUGUUCCUGUCGUCUCAUCGGCGAGAGUGGGGGCUUGCGUUCGUGGCGGAGCGGCGCUCGCACCGCGGCCGACGGCGGAACCAGUCGCCUUAAGAACUUGACCCGCGCGCACAUGCAUUAACGCUAGCAUUAUAUUAACUUACAUGUUAUAUAUAUUAAUAACGUAAUA